GGUUCUGCAUAAAAUUAAUCCAUAUAAAAAAGUUUUUCAAAUGUUACACCAACAACCACCCGUCAAUGUAGUGAAUAUUAGCAAGGAUUGCGGUGAGAUAAAGGAGCUUUGGCUGCAGCAGCCAGUAGAUCAUUUUGAUGUUAAUAAUACGGAAACCUGGUUAAUGCGUUAUUUUGUAAAUGAUAAUUUCUAUCAAGUUGGAGCUCCCAUAUUUGUGUUUGUGGGUGGUGAAUGGGAAAUAUUGCCGCAUAUGCUGCAAGCUGGUCAUUUUUAUGAUAUGGCCAAACAGCAGGAAGCUUUAAUGUUUUACACGGAACAUCGUUAUUACGGACAAAGUUGGCCGAAAAAUGACUCUUCUACGGAUAACUUACAAUUCCUAAAUGUUUUACAAUCUCUCGAAGACUUAAAGAGCUUUUUAAUUUAUCAAAAGUCUUCGACAAAAGCUUUGUCAAAUGCCAAAGUUGUUUUAGUCGGAGGUUCUUAUUCUGGCAGUAUGGUAGCAUGGUUUAUGAAAUUGUAUCCCGAAAUGGCCGUGGCAGCCUGGGCUUCUAGUGCUCCUUUAAAAGCUAAAAUGGAUUUUAAUGAGUACAUGACUUUAACUAUGACUUCAUUGCAACAAAAAGGUGGAGUAAAAUGCGCCCAAAAGCUCGAUGAGGCAUUCAAAGGUUUGGUAAAAGCAAUAAACAGCAAUAAAGCCUAUAGUUUAUUAAGAAAAUUAAAUAUAUGUCAAACAUUUGAUGCCACAAAUCAUCUCGAUAGACAAGCUUUCUUUGACUCUUUAAUCAAAUAUUUUGCACAAGUUUUUGCAAAUAAAGAAGAAUUGAAAAACAGAGAAGAGUUUGAAGAAUGGUGUUUGGAUUUCUCCUAUCAAGGCCUGAAGUCAAUAUUUACAGAUGUAAAUGAACUAACCACAGGCACACGUCCUUGGUUUUAUCAAACUUGUCAGGAGUUUGGUUGGUUUUCCACCACAGCCACCAUCAACGCCACUACAAAUGAAGUGUUCACAGUAACACCUUAUACUCCGACAUUUGGUGGCCAGGUGCCUUUGUCUUAUUUUCAACAAUUGUGUCAGGAUGUUUUUAUGGAAAAUAUAGGUCAGGGCACUCUUUAUUCCUCCCUAACAUUACAACAAUUACAGGCGAGAGCUUUAGCGAUAAAUAAACUUUUUGGUGGUUUUUCUAAUGUUUCCAAACGUGUUGUCUUUACCCACGGUCUAUUGGAUCCCUGGCGUGCAGCUGGUUUACAAAAUGGCCAAAAUGUUUUACUUAUUAAAGACUAUAGUCAUGUUGAGGACAUGGGUUCAAUAAACCUCAAAGAUACGGUGGAUAUGAAUGUGGCCAAACUGAAAGUGUCUUCAUUUAUAAAUAGAAAUUUAAGACAUAAUUAG